AUGAUAAAACCAAAGAUCUGGACAAAUACGAUCUUUAAUGUUAUUAAACGGGAAAAAGGUUGUUCCACAAAAAAUUUAAUACAAAUUGAAAAACAAAAACUAGAAAGUUUAAUUUUAUAUUUUCAAAAAUCCAUACAAGAAGAUCGAAUUAAUAAUUCUAAUCUAUAUAAUUUUAAUGUUAUAUCUGAUGACAAACUAAGUAUUAAAAAUAUACAUAUUAACCUAGUCAGAAUAUCAUACUUUUUGAAAAAUAUUAAAGUUAAUGAAAAUAAAUGGCUAUCUAUUUAUGAAAAAAUAAGUGAGUUAGAAAUACUAAAUGAUAAAUUAUAUCUAAGAAAAAAAGGUGUAGAAAAUGACGAAAUAAAUAAAAAUAAAUAUGAUUCAAAUAAUAAAAAAAUUUACGAUGAAAAUAAAAAUAAUGUCGAAAAUACACCAAUAUUUUCUCCAAAUUAUAUUUUGGAAAAUAAUUUAUCUAUAGAAUAUAAUAUUCGAGAAUUACACACAUCAUAUUUAUUUGUUUUUAAUACAUGUAUCACCUCGUUGUCUAAAUAUAUCUCUCUAUAUGAUAUAAAGAAAUAUUUAUUGAUACUAAAAAGUUGUGAACGAUUUUUUGACUUUUUUUUUAAAUUACACAAAAAUAAAAAAGGCAAAAAAAAUAGUAAUAUAUCUCCAAAAUUAAACUUUUUGUAUUUAUAUUCAACUAGCCAAAAUUAUACGGAAAAUGCACAAAUUUUAAAAAGUCAAAAUAACAAUAUAAUAAUAAACGAAAAAGACAAAUUUAAUUUCAGCUAUUAUUAUGAAGAACUAUAUAAAUUAAAAUAUCAUCAAAUAUUUAUUAAUAAAAUAAAUCUAGUUAUCAACAUAUUUAAAUACAUUAAUUUUUAUUCUAUUAGUUAUGAACAUUUUGAACAAGUUUUAAAUUUUUUGUACAAUAAAACAAAAAAUGGUAUAGUAAUUGAGAAUAUUAUUUUAAAUUUUUUGCAAUAUUUUGUAAAACAAGUCAAAAGUGAAUCAGAAAGUGAAAACGAAAAUAAAGAUGCAAAUAAAAAGGAAAACGCAAAUAAAAAUGAAAACGAAAAUAAAAAUGCAAAUAAAAACGCAAAUUUUAAAAGUGUUAAUAUUAACUCACUAUUUAAAGUUGUUAACAUUAUGUACUAUUCCAAAAUUGUUCACAAAGAUAUCGUAGAAAAUUUUGUUAAAAUUUUCAAAAAAAAUAAAAAUAAUAUAUGCAAUGGAAAUACAUUUUUUAACUCUUUAAAAUUAUUAACAUUAUUAGAAAGAAAUGAUGAUAUUAUAUAUAUAUAUAAAUAUUGCAAAGAAUAUAUUAUUCUCAAUAAAAAUCCACAAGAUAUUUUUAAUCUUUUUUUUUUUUCGUCUAUUAUUGGUUUAUUUGAUUUGUCUCUUAUUAAUUUGUAUAUAAAUCUUUUAAAAAAAUAUAAAAUAAGAUCUAAUACUUUUAAUAUGUCUUAUAAUACUCACCAAAAUUAUAAUGAUGAUAUAUUAAAAAUACAUACACCUUUGUUACACAAAAAUUAUUACUCAUUGUUAGGAUGGAAUAUAAUUAUGAAUAAUUUUGUUAAAUAUUUAAAAGAUGAUCAAAAAGAAACAAUCGAAAUUGUUAAAAUAAAUUUUAAUAAUAAAAAUGUCUAUUAUAUUUAUUCAAAUAAAAUGUCCAAUAAUGUUACUCAUUUAUUAAAAGAAAUUAAUUUUUUAUUAAAUUUGUAUCAAAUUAAUAUAACCAAAAUUUGUAAUACUCAAAAUAAUAAUUUUUUUUAUAACCAAUAUACCAUAUAUACUAUUUUAAAAAAAAAAUUUAAUCAACACUCAAUAAUAUAUGAAUAUAUAUCCAAACAAAACAUUUUAAUUGAUAUAUUAUUAAUCUUGAAAAUAAAUCAGCAUCCUAAAAAUUAUUAUAAAUUAUUUGCAAUUGAAUUUAACGGACGGACGCAUUAUAAUUUACAAAUUAAUCAAGAUAAUAUAACUACAAAUAAUUUACAUUAUUAUUUAAAAGAAAAUUAUAACACACAAUUUAAAAAAUUUAUCACAUCAAAUUUAGGUUUUAUUAAUAUUUAUAUUCCUUUUUAUAAAUGGAAUAGUUUAAAUUUGUCACAAAAAGAAUUAUAUCUUAUCAAUUCUAUAAACUCUUUUAAAUGA